GAAUUCGAUCUAUCCAAGCCUCAGCCUCAUUGUGUCCCUGGCACAAACCACGCGCUGUACGCUAUUGCGUGUCCUAUGCUCUUCGAACCCACUGUCCAUUAUCCUCCUCCUACCGCAAUAGAUAAUUGCAGCCUGCAGCAUCAGAAUAUCGCCGACCUGAGUCAGCAGGCGGUGGGUGUCUUUGCGAUCGAGCAGGGCAGAACCCGGCCAUUGCAGCAUCUAUACUUUGGUCCUACGUCUGCACGCAUGCUCUAAGCAGUGAGUCGCGAUCAGCCGCGGCAGCAACGACGACGACGACGACGACGACGACGACGGCUGCGACGACAACAACGACGACGACGACGUGGUGGGGACGGACGCCAGAUAUGCAAGUGUGGGAAGCAAAGACAGGCUAGCUCUUCACUCGCCAAAAGGCAUUCACGAAACACAACAAAGGCAGCACCAAUAGACAGCACGCUCGUCUUUCGACACAGGAUCUCACCCUCCCGACCACGGCUUGGGUGGUACCAACUCAUUCGGCAAGCCGAGCGAGAUCUAAACGAGCAGCGCACACACACGCACGAAGCAAGCCGCAGGGAACCGCCGCGAAACUGGCUGAUCACUACGACCUCGUCAUCGACAUACCGCUGAGCAGCGAUCGCUCGAGCUCUCCGCCGUACCAUCGAGCACCACUGGAUCAUUCGCACACCGAAUAUCAAGGGGCCCCGGCGCCGUCGCGACCCGCACUACAGAACUUGCGCGCACGCAGUCUCAGCUCGGCGUUCGAGAAGGCCUGCAGCGUGCACCAAGUCGCGCUGGACGAGCUUUCCGCGACCAUGUCGUCCUCUAGCCAAGCACCCGAGUCCUGGAUAUCCGCAUUCUGCUCUCUGGUAGGCCACGAGUACUUUGCUGAAGUGUCGGAGGACUUCAUCGAGGAUGACUUCAACUUAACGGGCCUGCAGAGUCAGGUGCCCAUGUACAAAGAAGCUCUGGAGAUGAUACUAGACGUGGAGCCAGAAGACGCGAGCGACGAUGACGAAGAAGAGGAAGAGGACGAGGAUGAGGACGAGGACGAGAUGCACGACGGUGAUCUGAUUGCGCGUGGAGGGUAUAGGCGAGCAGCGGAUGCUGCUGCUGCUGCAGCAGAACGGAGACAUUUGCGCAUGGCCAGUGACCUCAGCGUGAUCGAGAGCUCAGCAGAGAUGCUAUAUGGCCUGAUACAUCAGCGCUUCAUCACCAGUCGACAGGGGAUACAGCAGAUGGCAGAAAAGUAUGAGCUGGGACAUUUUGGGCACUGCCCACGCGUCUUCUGCCAUGGCGCGAAAGUGUUGCCCGUGGGCUGUUCAGACAUUCCGGGACAAGAGACUGUCAAGCUCUUCUGCCCCAGCUGCCUCGAUGUCUUCACGCCCCCAAACAGCCGCUUUCAGACUGUCGAUGGUGCCUUCUUCGGCACAACUUUCGGCUGCCUGUUCUUCAUGACAUUUCCCGAGCUUGAUGUUGGUGGGACACGACCGGCAGCUCCAGCAGAGUCUCCUUCAGCUGGCCAGUCCUCCAAGAACCGGCAGUCAUCGCUAUCGGUAUCGAUCACAGCCGAACAGUUCCAAUCUGGUGUCCCCCCAGCUCCGCCGGAGCCUGCAGCCGCGCCCCUGCCCAAACAGCCCGAAUCUAUCAACGGAGUGACGCCCAAAAACCUCGCUCCUGGCCUUGGACAAGGAUUCAUCUACGAACCUCGAAUCUACGGUUUUCGUGUUUCUGAGAUUGCCAAGACCGGACCCAGAAUGAAGUGGCUACGUAGCCGACCAGGAGACGUCAACGAGCUCGACGAGUGUAGAUUAUGGGCGCAGAACCAGGAGGCCCUUCUGGCGAGUCAAGGGCCCGUCACCGACGAGGGAAUCCCAGGACCACCAGUUGGUGAUAGUGAAAUGGCAGAUCCCAAUGAGGAGAGAGAUGAUGGGGAGAUUGAGGAUCAAGAAAUGAACGGCGAUGGAGUUGUGGAUGAAAUCAAGGAGCAAAAAAAGAGAACUAAGCGGAGGGAAGACGUAAGUUCUCCUGGGAUGGUAAACGGGGACACUCAAACCACGAGGAGUGCUGUGAGGGUGGGCGGCGGGGGAUAGGAUUCCGGCAUAGCCUACUACUCAGGCACGGAGUAGCGGUGUUGGAACGACUCCGUUCCCUGCAUCGGGUGUAUGUCGAGUUGGGAGGAGACGAAAAGACGUGAUCAACUGACAGUCAGUCUGAUCUCUCGAAGCAUUUCCAGCAGAGACGCGUAUUAGGAUGCAUGAUUUGCGUCGAGCCAGAAGCUUGACCUUUAUUUCGGUCUGCCGAGCGUUCACC